AUGUCCCAGUUAGCACAACCAUCCGUAUCUGAUAUGUACGCAAAUCAUGCCGAAGCUGCUCCCUUAGCAGAUGCGUUCUUGGAACGGCAGAACGACAAUACCGAUGCCCUCCGUUCUAGCAGUGAAAGAGGAACCAUGCGUUUUAUCGGUCUAUCAAAUGAUUAUGGAGAUACCCCGCAGCUGAAAUGCGUAAGGGGGCUUGAAGCUUUGAAAAACCCCCUAAUAGCACCCACGACAAGAACUGGUGUUAUCGCACCGAAUACUGUUUGGCGGUGUGUUGUGUGCCACAAGGUGAAGGACCUGAGGGGCGCCCACUUAGACGGCAAGGCGAGUGUGCGCUCGGACUGCUGGCCGUGCGGCAAGAAAACAACGUUUCACCGCGAUGUCAGCGCUAUGUCUGAGUCUGGUGCCGUUGCAGCACCCACUGCCUCCCACCCGCAAGCGCCUAACGGCGCUGAUGGAGCUGCUCAUGCAGCUGGUAGCCCCAAUAUGAGCGUGUUAGCAGCGUCUGCCGCCACAUCAUCGUUGCAAGUGCUUGUUUCUCCUUCCGGUAUCGCUAGCAUGCCAGCAGGUACUGCGCCGUUCAAGAGCGCCUUCGGUGCCGUGUCUGCACCGGAUGCGGCCAAGCCAGCUGCUGCGCCGUUCAAGAGCGCCUUCGGUGCCGUGUCUGCACCGGAUGCGGCCAAGCCAGCUGCUGCGCCGUUCAAGAGCGCCUUUGGUGACGUGUCUGCACCGGAUGCGGCCAAGCCAGCUGCUGCGCCGUUCAAGAGCGCCGCCGGUGGAGUUGUGGAGUGGUCAGGGCCGAUGCCACCUAUUCUCCCAGCGGUGAAGAGCGGUUUCGGAGCGGGUAGGGAGGAAGGUUCGGCCAUGAGUUUAUUGGGACCUUCUUCGGCAAAGGUGAUGUCAGGCGUCACCCAGCAGCCGCCAAAGGCUAUGGACGCGUCUACGGCAGCCACAAGUGCUGAGGCGGCAGGCUUGGAGCAAAGUGACUGCGUGCUGCGGGAGAGGUUGUGGCGCUGUGUUGUGUGCCACAAGGUGAAGGACCUGCGGGGCGCCCACUUAGACGGCAAGGCGAGUGUGCGCUCGGACUGCUGGCCGUGCGGCAAGAAAACAACCUUUGUACAAGAGAACACUGGUGAUGGCUCACUGGCGGGCGCCGACCGUCGAGCCAGCCGUCUCGCGGAAGCUGCAGGCGAUGAGGGAGUGCCGGCUUUACGGGAGCGUCGCUGUACCGUAUUCAAAGAUCCCGUUGUGCCGUCCGAGUCGGAGGAGGAGCGCUGCAUGCUGCCAGUUACGAAGGGUGGCGGAGCGCAACGACCUGCAGAGCAUACAAGCGGCGCGGUGCUGUCGGGAAACGCCUUUUGGCGCUGUGUUGUGUGCCACAAGGUGAAGGACCUGAGGGGCGCCCACUUAGACGGCAAGGCGAGUAUGCGCUCGGACUGCUGGCCGUGCGGCAAGAAAACAACGUUUCACCGCGAUGUCAGCGCUAUGUCUGAGUCUGGUGCCGUUGCAGCACCCACUGCCUCCCACCCGCAAGCGCCUAACGGCGCUGAUGGAGCUGCUCAUGCAGCUGGUAGCCCCAAUAUGAGCGUGUUAGCAGCGUCUGCCGCCACAUCAUCGUUGCAAGUGCUUGUUUCUCCUUCCGGUAUCGCUAGCAUGCCAGCAGGUACUGCGCCGUUCAAGAGCGCCUUUGGUGCCGUGUCUGCACCGGAUGCGGCCAAGCCAGCUGCCGCGCCGUUCAAGAGCGCCUUCGGUGCCGUGUCUGCACCGGAUGCGGCCAAGCCAGCUGCCGCGCCGUUCAAGAGCGCCUUUGGUGACGUGUCUGCACCGGAUGCGGCCAAGCCAGCUGCUGCGCCGUUCAAGAGCGCCGCCGGUGGAGUUGUGGAGUGGUCAGGGCCGAUGCCACCUAUUCUCCCAGCGGUGAAGAGCGGUUUCGGAGCGGGUAGGGAGGAAGGUUCGGCCAUGAGUUUAUUGGGACCUUCUUCGGCAAAGGUGAUGUCAGGCGUCACCCAGCAGCCGCCAAAGGCUAUGGACGCGUCUACGGCAGCCACAAGUGCUGAGGCGGCAGGCUUGGAGCAAAGUGACUGCGUGCUGCGGGAGAGGUUGUGGCGCUGUGUUGUGUGCCACAAGGUGAAGGACCUGCGGGGCGCCCACUUAGACGGCAAGGCGAGUGUGCGCUCGGACUGCUGGCCGUGCGGCAAGAAAACAACCUUUGUACAAGAGAACACUGGUGAUGGCUCACUGGCGGGCGCCGACCGUCGAGCCAGCCGUCUCGCGGAAGCUGCAGGCGAUGAGGGAGUGCCGGCUUUACGGGAGCGUCGCUGUACCGUAUUCAAAGAUCCCGUUGUGCCGUCCGAGUCGGAGGAGGAGCGCUGCAUGCUGCCAGUUACGAAGGGUGGCGGAGCGCAACGACCUGCAGAGCAUACAAGCGGCGCGGUGCUGUCGGGAAACGCCUUUUGGCGCUGUGUUGUGUGCCACAAGGUGAAGGACCUGAGGGGCGCCCACUUAGACGGCAAGGCGAGUGUGCGCUCGGACUGCUGGCCGUGCGGCAAGAAAACAACGUUUCACCGCGAUGUCAGCGCUAUGUCUGAGUCUGGUGCCGUUGCAGCACCCACUGCCUCCCACCCGCAAGCGCCUAACGGCGCUGAUGGAGCUGCUCAUGCAGCUGGUAGCCCCAAUAUGAGCGUGUUAGCAGCGUCUGCCGCCACAUCAUCGUUGCAAGUGCUUGUUUCUCCUUCCGGUAUCGCUAGCAUGCCAGCAGGUACUGCGCCGUUCAAGAGCGCCUUUGGUGCCGUGUCUGCACCGGAUGCGGCCAAGCCAGCUGCCGCGCCGUUCAAGAGCGCCUUCGGUGCCGUGUCUGCACCGGAUGCGGCCAAGCCAGCUGCUGCGCCGUUCAAGAGCGCCGCCGGUGGAGUUGUGGAGUGGUCAGGGCCGAUGCCACCUAUUCUCCCAGCGGUGAAGAGCGGUUUCGGAGCGGGUAGGGAGGAAGGUUCGGCCAUGAGUUUAUUGGGACCUUCUUCGGCAAAGGUGAUGUCAGGCGUCACCCAGCAGCCGCCAAAGGCUAUGGACGCGUCUACGGCAGCCACAAGUGCUGAGGCGGCAGGCUUGGAGCAAAGUGACUGCGUGCUGCGGGAGAGGUUGUGGCGCUGUGUUGUGUGCCACAAGGUGAAGGACCUGCGGGGCGCCCACUUAGACGGCAAGGCGAGUGUGCGCUCGGACUGCUGGCCGUGCGGCAAGAAAACAACCUUUGUACAAGAGAACACUGGUGAUGGCUCACUGGCGGGCGCCGACCGUCGAGCCAGCCGUCUAGCGGAAGCUGCAGGCGAUGAGGGAGUGCCGGCUUUACGGGAGCGUCGCUGUACCGUAUUCAAAGAUCCCGUUGUGCCGUCCGAGUCGGAGGAGGAGCGCUGCAUGCUGCCAGUUACGAAGGGUGGCGGAGCGCAACGACCUGCAGAGCAUACAAGCGGCGCGGUGCUGUCGGGAAACGCCUUUUGGCGCUGUGUUGUGUGCCACAAGGUGAAGGACCUGAGGGGCGCCCACUUAGACGGCAAGGCGAGUGUGCGCUCGGACUGCUGGCCGUGCGGCAAGAAAACAACGUUUCACCGCGAUGUCAGCGCUAUGUCUGAGUCUGGUGCCGUUGCAGCACCCACUGCCUCCCACCCGCAAGCGCCUAACGGCGCUGAUGGAGCUGCUCAUGCAGCUGGUAGCCCCAAUAUGAGCGUGUUAGCAGCGUCUGCCGCCACAUCAUCGUUGCAAGUGCUUGUUUCUCCUUCCGGUAUCGCUAGCAUGCCAGCAGGUACUGCGCCGUUCAAGAGCGCCUUUGGUGCCGUGUCUGCACCGGAUGCGGCCAAGCCAGCUGCCGCGCCGUUCAAGAGCGCCUUCGGUGCCGUGUCUGCACCGGAUGCGGCCAAGCCAGCUGCCGCGCCGUUCAAGAGCGCCUUUGGUGACGUGUCUGCACCGGAUGCGGCCAAGCCAGCUGCUGCGCCGUUCAAGAGCGCCGCCGGUGGAGUUGUGGAGUGGUCAGGGCCGAUGCCACCUAUUCUCCCAGCGGUGAAGAGCGGUUUCGGAGCGGGUAGGGAGGAAGGUUCGGCCAUGAGUUUAUUGGGACCUUCUUCGGCAAAGGUGAUGUCAGGCGUCACCCAGCAGCCGCCAAAGGCUAUGGACGCGUCUACGGCAGCCACAAGUGCUGAGGCGGCAGGCUUGGAGCAAAGUGACUGCGUGCUGCGGGAGAGGUUGUGGCGCUGUGUUGUGUGCCACAAGGUGAAGGACCUGCGGGGCGCCCACUUAGACGGCAAGGCGAGUGUGCGCUCGGACUGCUGGCCGUGCGGCAAGAAAACAACCUUUGUACAAGAGAACACUGGUGAUGGCUCACUGGCGGGCGCCGACCGUCGAGCCAGCCGUCUCGCGGAAGCUGCAGGCGAUGAGGGAGUGCCGGCUUUACGGGAGCGUCGCUGUACCGUAUUCAAAGAUCCCGUUGUGCCGUCCGAGUCGGAGGAGGAGCGCUGCAUGCUGCCAGUUACGAAGGGUGGCGGAGCGCAACGACCUGCAGAGCAUACAAGCGGCGCGGUGCUGUCGGGAAACGCCUUUUGGCGCUGUGUUGUGUGCCACAAGGUGAAGGACCUGAGGGGCGCCCACUUAGACGGCAAGGCGAGUGUGCGCUCGGACUGCUGGCCGUGCGGCAAGAAAACAACGUUUCACCGCGAUGUCAGCGCUAUGUCUGAGUCUGGUGCCGUUGCAGCACCCACUGCCUCCCACCCGCAAGCGCCUAACGGCGCUGAUGGAGCUGCUCAUGCAGCUGGUAGCCCCAAUAUGAGCGUGUUAGCAGCGUCUGCCGCCACAUCAUCGUUGCAAGUGCUUGUUUCUCCUUCCGGUAUCGCUAGCAUGCCAGCAGGUACUGCGCCGUUCAAGAGCGCCUUUGGUGACGUGCCUGCACCGGAUGCGGCCAAGCCAGCCGCCGCGCCGUUCAAGAGUGCCUUCGGUGCCGUGUCUGCACCGGAUGCGGCCAAGCCAGCUGCUGCGCCGUUCAAGAGCGCCUUUGGUGACGUGUCUGCACCGGAUGCGGCCAAGCCAGCCGCCGCGCCGUUCAAGAGCGCCUUCGGUGCCGUGUCUGCACCGGAUGCGGCCAAGCCAGCCGCCGCGCCGUUCAAGAGCGCCUUUGGUGACGUGUCUGCACCGGAUGCGGCCAAGCCAGCUGCUGCGCCGUUCAAGAGCGCCUUCGGUGCCGUGUCUGCACCGGAUGCGGCCAAGCCAGCCGCCGCGCCGUUCAAGAGCGCCUUCGGUGCCGUGUCUGCACCGGAUGCGGCCAAGCCAGCCGCCGCGCCGUUCAAGAGCGCCUUUGGUGACGUGCCUGCACCGGAUGCGGCCAAGCCAGCCGCCGCGCCGUUCAAGAGCGCCUUUGGUGACGUGCCUGCACCGGAUGCGGCCAAGCCAGCUGCUGCGCCGUUCAAGAGCGCCUUCGGUGCCGUGUCUGCACCGGAUGCGGCCAAGCCAGCCGCCGCGCCGUUCAAGAGCGCCUUUGGUGACGUGUCUGCACCGGAUGCGGCCAAGCCAGCUGCUGCGCCGUUCAAGAGCGCCUUUGGUGACGUGUCUGCACCGGAUGCGGCCAAGCCAGCUGCUGCGCCGUUCAAGAGCGCCUUUGGUGACGUGUCUGCACCGGAUGCGGCCAAGCCAGCCGCCGCGCCGUUCAAGAGCGCCUUUGGUGACGUGCCUGCACCGGAUGCGGCCAAGCCAGCUGCUGCGCCGUUCAAGAGCGCCUUCGGUGCCGUGUCUGCACCGGAUGCGGCCAAGCCAGCCGCCGCGCCGUUCAAGAGCGCCUUUGGUGACGUGUCUGCACCGGAUGCGGCCAAGCCAGCUGCUGCGCCGUUCAAGAGCGCCUUUGGUGACGUGCCUGCACCGGAUGCGGCCAAGCCAGCUGCUGCGCCGUUCAAGAGCGCCUUCGGUGCCGUGCCUGCACCGGAUGCGGCCAAGCCAGCCGCCGCGCCGUUCAAGAGCGCCUUCGGUGCCGUGUCUGCACCGGAUGCGGCCAAGCCAGCUGCCGCGCCGUUCAAGAGCGCCUUCGGUGCCGUGUCUGCACCGGAUGCGGCCAAGCCAGCUGCUGCGCCGUUCAAGAGCGCCUUCGGUGCCGUGUCUGCACCGGAUGCGGCCAAGCCAGCCGCCGCGCCGUUCAAGAGCGCCUUUGGUGACGUGCCUGCACCGGAUGCGGCCAAGCCAGCCGCCGCGCCGUUCAAGAGCGCCUUUGGUGACGUGCCUGCACCGGAUGCGGCCAAGCCAGCUGCUGCGCCGUUCAAGAGCGCCUUCGGUGCCGUGUCUGCACCGGAUGCGGCCAAGCCAGCCGCCGCGCCGUUCAAGAGCGCCUUUGGUGACGUGUCUGCACCGGAUGCGGCCAAGCCAGCUGCUGCGCCGUUCAAGAGCGCCUUUGGUGACGUGUCUGCACCGGAUGCGGCCAAGCCAGCUGCUGCGCCGUUCAAGAGCGCCUUUGGUGACGUGUCUGCACCGGAUGCGGCCAAGCCAGCCGCCGCGCCGUUCAAGAGUGCCUUCGGUGCCGUGUCUGCACCGGAUGCGGCCAAGCCAGCUGCUGCGCCGUUCAAGAGCGCCUUUGGUGACGUGUCUGCACCGGAUGCGGCCAAGCCAGCCGCCGCGCCGUUCAAGAGCGCCUUUGGUGACGUGUCUGCACCGGAUGCGGCCAAGCCAGCCGCCGCGCCGUUCAAGAGCGCCUUCGGUGCCGUGUCUGCACCGGAUGCGGCCAAGCCAGCCGCCGCGCCGUUCAAGAGCGCCUUCGGUGCCGUGUCUGCACCGGAUGCGGCCAAGCCAGCCGCCGCGCCGUUCAAGAGCGCCUUUGGUGACGUGUCUGCACCGGAUGCGGCCAAGCCAGCUGCUGCGCCGUUCAAGAGCGGCUUUGGUGACGUGUCUGCACCGGAUGCGGCCAAGCCAGCUGCUGCGCCGUUCAAGAGCGCCUUUGGUGACGUGUCUGCACCGGAUGCGGCCAAGCCAGCCGCCGCGCCGUUCAAGAGCGCCUUUGGUGCCGUGUCUGCACCGGAUGCGGCCAAGCCAGCUGCUGCGCCGUUCAAGAGCGCCUUCGGUGCCGUGUCUGCACCGGAUGCGGCCAAGCCAGCCGCCGCGCCGUUCAAGAGCGCCUUCGGUGCCGUGUCUGCACCGGAUGCGGCCAAGCCAGCCGCCGCGCCGUUCAAGAGCGCCUUCGGUGCCGUGUCUGCACCGGAUGCGGCCAAGCCAGCCGCCGCGCCGUUCAAGAGCGCCUUUGGUGACGUGCCUGCACCGGAUGCGGCCAAGCCAGCUGCUGCGCCGUUCAAGAGCGCCUUUGGUGACGUGUCUGCACCGGAUGCGGCCAAGCCAGCUGCUGCGCCGUUCAAGAGCGGCUUUGGUGACGUGUCUGCACCGGAUGCGGCCAAGCCAGCUGCUGCGCCGUUCAAGAGCGCCUUUGGUGACGUGUCUGCACCGGAUGCGGCCAAGCCAGCUGCUGCGCCGUUCAAGAGCGCCUUCGGUGCCGUGUCUGCACCGGAUGCGGCCAAGCCAGCCGCCGCGCCGUUCAAGAGCGCCUUUGGUGACGUGUCUGCACCGGAUGCGGCCAAGCCAGCCGCCGCGCCGUUCAAGAGCGCCUUCGGUGCCGUGUCUGCACCGGAUGCGGCCAAGCCAGCCGCCGCGCCGUUCAAGAGCGCCUUCGGUGCCGUGUCUGCACCGGAUGCGGCCAAGCCAGCCGCCGCGCCGUUCAAGAGCGCCUUUGGUGACGUGCCUGCACCGGAUGCGGCCAAGCCAGCCGCCGCGCCGUUCAAGAGCGCCUUUGGUGACGUGCCUGCACCGGAUGCGGCCAAGCCAGCUGCUGCGCCGUUCAAGAGCGCCUUCGGUGCCGUGUCUGCACCGGAUGCGGCCAAGCCAGCCGCCGCGCCGUUCAAGAGCGCCUUUGGUGACGUGUCUGCACCGGAUGCGGCCAAGCCAGCUGCUGCGCCGUUCAAGAGCGCCUUUGGUGACGUGUCUGCACCGGAUGCGGCCAAGCCAGCUGCUGCGCCGUUCAAGAGCGCCUUUGGUGACGUGUCUGCACCGGAUGCGGCCAAGCCAGCCGCCGCGCCGUUCAAGAGCGCCUUUGGUGACGUGCCUGCACCGGAUGCGGCCAAGCCAGCUGCUGCGCCGUUCAAGAGCGCCUUCGGUGCCGUGUCUGCACCGGAUGCGGCCAAGCCAGCCGCCGCGCCGUUCAAGAGCGCCUUUGGUGACGUGUCUGCACCGGAUGCGGCCAAGCCAGCUGCUGCGCCGUUCAAGAGCGCCUUUGGUGACGUGCCUGCACCGGAUGCGGCCAAGCCAGCUGCUGCGCCGUUCAAGAGCGCCUUCGGUGCCGUGCCUGCACCGGAUGCGGCCAAGCCAGCCGCCGCGCCGUUCAAGAGCGCCUUCGGUGCCGUGUCUGCACCGGAUGCGGCCAAGCCAGCUGCCGCGCCGUUCAAGAGCGCCUUCGGUGCCGUGUCUGCACCGGAUGCGGCCAAGCCAGCUGCUGCGCCGUUCAAGAGCGCCUUCGGUGCCGUGUCUGCACCGGAUGCGGCCAAGCCAGCCGCCGCGCCGUUCAAGAGCGCCUUUGGUGACGUGCCUGCACCGGAUGCGGCCAAGCCAGCCGCCGCGCCGUUCAAGAGCGCCUUUGGUGACGUGCCUGCACCGGAUGCGGCCAAGCCAGCUGCUGCGCCGUUCAAGAGCGCCUUCGGUGCCGUGUCUGCACCGGAUGCGGCCAAGCCAGCCGCCGCGCCGUUCAAGAGCGCCUUUGGUGACGUGUCUGCACCGGAUGCGGCCAAGCCAGCUGCUGCGCCGUUCAAGAGCGCCUUUGGUGACGUGUCUGCACCGGAUGCGGCCAAGCCAGCUGCUGCGCCGUUCAAGAGCGCCUUUGGUGACGUGUCUGCACCGGAUGCGGCCAAGCCAGCCGCCGCGCCGUUCAAGAGCGCCUUUGGUGACGUGUCUGCACCGGAUGCGGCCAAGCCAGCUGCUGCGCCGUUCAAGAGCGCCUUUGGUGACGUGCCUGCACCGGAUGCGGCCAAGCCAGCUGCUGCGCCGUUCAAGAGCGCCUUCGGUGCCGUGUCUGCACCGGAUGCGGCCAAGCCAGCUGCCGCGCCGUUCAAGAGCGCCUUCGGUGCCGUGUCUGCACCGGAUGCGGCCAAGCCAGCUGCCGCGCCGUUCAAGAGCGCCUUCGGUGCCGUGUCUGCACCGGAUGCGGCCAAGCCAGCUGCUGCGCCGUUCAAGAGCGCCUUCGGUGCCGUGCCUGCACCGGAUGCGGCCAAGCCAGCUGCCGCGCCGUUCAAGAGCGCCUUUGGUGACGUGUCUGCACCGGAUGCGGCCAAGCCAGCUGCUGCGCCGUUCAAGAGCGCCGCCGGUGGAGUUGUGGAGUGGUCAGGGCCGAUGCCACCUAUUCUCCCAGCGGUGAAGAGCGGUUUCGGAGCGGGUAGGGAGGAAGGUUCGGCCAUGAGUUUAUUGGGACCUUCUUCGGCAAAGGUGAUGUCAGGCGUCACCCAGCAGCCGCCAAAGGCUAUGGACGCGUCUACGGCAGCCACAAGUGCUGAGGCGGCAGGCUUGGAGCAAAGUGACUGCGUGCUGCGGGAGAGGUUGUGGCGCUGUGUUGUGUGCCACAAGGUGAAGGACCUGCGGGGCGCCCACUUAGACGGCAAGGCGAGUGUGCGCUCGGACUGCUGGCCGUGCGGCAAGAAAACAACCUUUGUACAAGAGAACACUGGUGAUGGCUCACUGGCGGGCGCCGACCGUCGAGCCAGCCGUCUAGCGGAAGCUGCAGGCGAUGAGGGAGUGCCGGCUUUACGGGAGCGUCGCUGUACCGUAUUCAAAGAUCCCGUUGUGCCGUCCGAGUCGGAGGAGGAGCGCUGCAUGCUGCCAGUUACGAAGGGUGGCGGAGCGCAACGACCUGCAGAGCAUACAAGCGGCGCGGUGCUGUCGGGAAACGCCUUUUGGCGCUGUGUUGUGUGCCACAAGGUGAAGGACCUGAGGGGCGCCCACUUAGACGGCAAGGCGAGUGUGCGCUCGGACUGCUGGCCGUGCGGCAAGAAAACAACGUUUCACCGCGAUGUCAGCGCUAUGUCUGAGUCUGGUGCCGUUGCAGCACCCACUGCCUCCCACCCGCAAGCGCCUAACGGCGCUGAUGGAGCUGCUCAUGCAGCUGGUAGCCCCAAUAUGAGCGUGUUAGCAGCGUCUGCCGCCACAUCAUCGUUGCAAGUGCUUGUUUCUCCUUCCGGUAUCGCUAGCAUGCCAGCAGGUACUGCGCCGUUCAAGAGCGCCUUUGGUGACGUGCCUGCACCGGAUGCGGCCAAGCCAGCCGCCGCGCCGUUCAAGAGCGCCUUCGGUGACGUGCCUGCACCGGAUGCGGCCAAGCCAGCCGCCGCGCCGUUCAAGAGCGCCUUUGGUGACGUGCCUGCACCGGAUGCGGCCAAGCCAGCCGCCGCGCCGUUCAAGAGCGCCUUCGGUGCCGUGUCUGCACCGGAUGCGGCCAAGCCAGCCGCCGCGCCGUUCAAGAGCGCCUUUGGUGACGUGUCUGCACCGGAUGCGGCCAAGCCAGCUGCUGCGCCGUUCAAGAGCGCCUUUGGUGACGUGUCUGCACCGGAUGCGGCCAAGCCAGCCGCCGCGCCGUUCAAGAGCGCCUUUGGUGACGUGUCUGCACCGGAUGCGGCCAAGCCAGCCGCCGCGCCGUUCAAGAGCGCCUUCGGUGCCGUGUCUGCACCGGAUGCGGCCAAGCCAGCCGCCGCGCCGUUCAAGAGCGCCUUUGGUGACGUGUCUGCACCGGAUGCGGCCAAGCCAGCCGCCGCGCCGUUCAAGAGCGCCUUCGGUGCCGUGUCUGCACCGGAUGCGGCCAAGCCAGCCGCCGCGCCGUUCAAGAGCGGCUUUGGUGACGUGUCUGCACCGGAUGCGGCCAAGCCAGCUGCUGCGCCGUUCAAGAGCGGCUUUGGUGACGUGUCUGCACCGGAUGCGGCCAAGCCAGCUGCUGCGCCGUUCAAGAGCGGCUUUGGUGACGUGUCUGCACCGGAUGCGGCCAAGCCAGCUGCUGCGCCGUUCAAGAGCGGCUUUGGUGACGUGUCUGCACCGGAUGCGGCCAAGCCAGCUGCUGCGCCGUUCAAGAGCGCCUUUGGUGACGUGUCUGCACCGGAUGCGGCCAAGCCAGCUGCUGUAGAGUUGAAAGUCGUAUAUGGAGAUACGCAGUAUAUGUGUGAAUCGGUAUUAUCCGAGGAUGGGGAGGAGUCGUUGCGAUGGAGGGAGAACUCGAAGCGGAGGGAAUGUGUGGAUCUCGCAAAAGGAGGACAGCUUGGCAUCUCAGAUGCAAAGGGCGGAGUCGCUGAUAAAGCUUGUGGUGCUGGACCGAGUGUAAGUUCGUCUUGUGACAUGGUAUGCUCGACUGCGCUGGUGCCGUCUGUGGCCACAGGCUGUUGCUCAUCAGCGGUAGUGGAGAAACUGAUUACUAAAGCUUUGAAAGAGCAGCGUGUGGAGAUGAAGGAAGAGUUGGAGUGUUUCCGCAAGGAUUUAUUGUUCGAAGUUCGUCAGGCGAUCUCUCAAGGACAUGUGUAUGCUGUGGCGAGGGACCGGGCGAGUUUCGGGGAGCCACCUGCACAGAUGACGGAGAGCCUCAUUCGCAGGCAUUUAUCGAAGGCGUUUCGUAAAUCGUGA